AUGGCUCUGCACGCGCUCAAGCCCUCGCUCGAAGAGGUGCAAGCCGCCCUCCUCGCCCCCAACCCAUCGGGCAACAUCAUCCCGGUCUACACCUCCCUUCCCUCCGACCUGCUCACUCCCGUCACUGCGUACCUCAAGCUCUCUUCCGGCGCAGACAUCACCCGUCGCUCGUUCCUCUUCGAAUCCGUCACGGGCGGCGAAAAGAUCGGUCGGUACAGCUUUAUCGGUUCGGAUCCGCUCAAGAUCAUUCGUACGGGUCCUGGGCUUGACGCUACCGGGGAUCCGUUGGUGGUCAUCGAGCGCGAACUGGCUCCGUACAAGUACAUCCCGAUUCAGGGGCUGCCGACGUUCACGGGCGGUGCGAUCGGGUAUAUCAGCUACGACUGCGUGCAGUAUUUCGAGCCGAGGACGAGGCGCGAGCUGAAGGACACGUUGGGGAUUCCGGAGAGCGUCUUCAUGGUGGCGGACUCGUUGAUUGUGUUCGAUCACGUUUUCUCCACAGUUCGAUGUGUUAGUCAUGUUCAUCUGCCGGAGGCGCUUGCUGGGAAGGCGACCGAGGGGGAUGUGGAGAAGCUGUACAACGCAGCAAAGGUCAAAGUGGAUGGGUUGAUCGCGACGCUCACUUCGCCUAUCACGCCGAUGCCCGUCCAACCGCCCAUCCUCACCGGCCAAGAAUCCGUCUCCAACGUCGGCAAGGCUGGCUACGAAGGCUUCGUCACCUCCCUCCGAGCCAACAUUGUUAAGGGGGACAUCAUCCAAGCUGUGCCCUCGCAACGUUUGACGCGACGCACCACGCUUCAUCCGUUCAACUGCUACCGUCACCUACGACAGGUGAACCCCAGCCCGUACAUGUUUUACGUCGACUGUGGGGAUGCGCAGUUGGUGGGGGCGAGUCCGGAGACGCUGUGCAAGAUCGAGGCGGGUAAAGUGGCGGUUCAUGCGAUCGCGGGGACUGUCAAACGCGGAAAAGAUGAUGAGGAGGAUCGACUCCUCGCGUCCCAACUGGCGGGGUCAGUGAAGGAUCAGGCGGAGCAUGUGAUGUUGGUGGAUCUGGCGAGGAACGACAUCAACCGCGUCUGCGAUCCAGCCACCACGCAGGUCGAAACGUUUAUGAACGUGGAAAAGUUCAGCCAUGUGAUGCACCUCACCAGUCGCAUCACGGGUCAACUACGAGGGGGCAAGUCGAGAUUCGAUGCCCUGCGCUCCAUCUUCCCAGCAGGGACGGUGAGCGGUGCACCCAAGAUCCGCGCGAUCGAACUGGUGAGUGAGCUCGAGGGCGAGAAGCGAGGUGUCUAUGCCGGGGCGGUGGGAAGGAUCGAUUUCGCAGAGAACGAGAUGGACGUCUGCAUCGCCAUCCGAACCAUGACGUUCAAGGAUGGGUAUGCGUAUCUCCAGGCGGGCGGCGGCAUCGUGUACGACAGUGUCGAGGAGGACGAGUACGUCGAGACGAUCAACAAGCUUGCGUCUAACGUCAGGUGCAUUGCUCAGGCCGAGGAGUACUAUCUCGCGCAGGAGAAGUGA